GACCUGUUUGACAUUCGAAACGUUCAGACAAAAUGAGCUAACUAAUAACAUUUACAGUCCUUGAUGACUUUUUCUACUCAUUUUUUUGAAAGCGUAUAAACUAUGGAUGCUAAUAUUCGAAGUUUAUUGUCGUCGGCGCAAAAUUCUGGCGCUGGAGGAGAUGAAGCAGUGCAACCCUUACAGCAGGCAUAUGAGUUACUCAAGAGCUAUGCAGAGAACAGGCUUGUGGUCGAUAGCCCUGACGCCUUCAGCUCAGAUCUUUAUGUUCUGUGUGCUGAAGUGGCUUUCCAGAUUGAGCUACCUGAUAUAGCCAAGGAGUGUCUCAAGAUGUACUUCAUGAAGACACCGCCGUCAAACCAGUUUCUAUGCCGAGCAUACCUCUGUCAGGCACAGCUCUUAGCACCAGCCAACGCUAAUAACCCAGAGCAACUAGAGAAGGCUGUGAUAUACCUUGUCAAGGCCAUCAAUUUUGCAAAAGAUAACCCAAGGUACCACUUCCUGGUCUACAAUGCAUCCGUCCUCUACUGGCAGUUCUGUCGUCCUUUCCUGAAGCCACGGUAUCGUCAGUACCUCGCACAGAGUCUGCAUCAGGUGGUCAAGGCGCUUGAUGAUAUUGAUGACAAGGAUUACGAAUGGAGAGCACAGCUCAUGAUAGCACUGAUAGAGUGUCACAUGGAUGCUGGCAGACAGGGUGAUGCGGCACACAUUGCAACAGCUGCCUCCACGUUCAUUAAGCAGCAUGUUCCAUCACUCUAUAAGGAAGUCUUUGGGCUGAUGGUGCGACAUCAGUUGGUCGAUUCACAGAAGUUUCACAAGGACAUACGAUCAAAUCCUGAGCUCAAUAUUUACUACAAGAUAUGUAAACUAAAACUGGCAAUAGAGCUGAAAGACCCUGAAGUUCACAUCCUGACCGAGUUGAAUCGGAUCCUACUUCACAUCACGAAGGGAGAGGAACCACCGCGACUGACUGCAACCACUCCUAGCAGGAAAGGGGCGGGGACCCCCACGAGGGGCAUCAUUGAUGGAGAAAGUGCCACUCCGAGGAGGCUACCAGAGAACUUAACAAAAGCCCAACUACCCAGCAUUUCAGAUGAAAGCCCUGAUAGUUCACAGAGUUUGCCCUCUGGGACCUUCAUAAGAAGAACGUCCAGCUUGGGACUAAAGAGGACACGUACCCGAGUGGGUAGUCUCACUGAGUCCACGAUGGUAUUCGAUCCAAAGUUCCCUGGGAGGCCGAACCUACUCUUGGAGUUGGCGCGUCUCUGUCUCGACCAAGAACAACCAGACAUGUGUAAACAGUGCAUUGAGUCUCUCAAAGAUUGUAUCACGAUGGACCAGGGUUUCUACCUUGAAGUUGAAUUCCUCCAGGCUGAGCUGAUGGUGAAGAAACUGGCUGAUAAACAAGAAUCGUACCAGAAAGCUGCCGUUGAGGUGCGCCUACAAGCCAUUAAGCGUUGCGAGGAAGCGUUACAGAAUGCCAUCCGCCAGGGGAAUCCCAAUGUGAUCCAGGCCGGCUGCGUUACCCAGUGGAACCUUUGUCUGCCACUCACCCAGUCAAACCUUCGCCAACAUGUGCGCAAACCACUCACAAUGGUUGCUGAUGGACUGGAGGAAAUUCAGAGCUUGCUGGUGCUGCUGAGGUGUCAGGUACACACCGAGUUGGCCAAGUGUGAGGAGGACGAGGAACAGAUAGAGGUGGCCAUGGAACAUCUCAAGAAGGCUCUAUCUCUUGAUGAUGGUGGUGCGUAUCGUGAGAGGCUGGAAGUCGCCCUCCACCGCCUUGAACUGAGAGCUGAGCUGUACAAGCAGCCAGAAAGAGCCGAAGACCAGGCCACCAUGAUUAUAGAACAAGCUAGGAAGUCAGAUUCGGGCACGAUUAGGAUGAAGCGAUCGUUGCUUUGCCGAGCUGGGGAAGCCUUGGCUCCCGAUGCAUUCCUCCUUGUCUUAGACAGCGAGAGUGAAACAAAAGCUGGUGGGUCUGAAGGCAAGGGUCCACUGACCAUCUUCAAGAAGCUUGCAGCCAAAGCUCGUCAGUUCAUGAACAGUAUAAGCAAAGCAGAAGGUCAUCUCAAGAGAUUGGGGAAUGAAAACGAUCGCGAGCGGGCCCAACUCUGGGCUGAUCUGGCAAAGACUGCACGUAAACAAGAAGUGUGGGACGUCUGCCGAGUUGCAUCGAGGUUCUGUCUCCUCUAUGACGAUGGGAGGUGGAAGAAUGUUGUGCCUGUCAGAGCUGAAACGCCAAAGAGACGUCAACGGCUACAGACCCAGGAGCAGACGGCACCAGAUGCAGCAGCAGACGGCGAGGACGCCUCACCACGUAACAUCAACCGCCAGGCCAGCAGCCGGCCCUCCACCCCAACACAGCUGAUUCCUCUCUACGAGAAAGAUCUGGUGAGGACGCUCGCUGAGGUCAACUUUAUCAAUGGAGAGGCUAGUGUGCACUUGUUGCGAUCAGAAGGCAUCCAGUUAGGUGACUCACCCAUCCCACCUGAGGACAAGAGCAAACGACCAAAAGGAUACGUCGCAAAGAAACCAGAGGAAGAUCCCGAUUGGCUAGAUUACUGUGAUUGGAUCAAGAUGUUAUCCGACACAGCCACCAACAGUUUCCUAAGGAGCAUCGACCUUGGUGUUGAGUUGAACGAGUCGUGGGUCGUCUGUAGUGCUACUGCCUAUUUAUGGAAUUACAACAACCAUAUCCUGACACAGAACAGACACAGGGAGAUCACCGAUACUCUCCACGCUAUGUUGGAUGGUUUAAAGAAAGUCGGCCAUGCUGGUGAAACUUCUCUCUUGACCAACAUCUGUACCGCACUGGCCUAUGCCAACCUCCAGCCGUGGCUACCGGCCCCUGCCCCUGUUGAAACGGAACAGAGUGAACCAAAGGCCCCAAGGGAUAAGUCACCACCCAAGUCAGCUGGCAAGCGAGGCAAGAAGGAUGCACCAUCACCUAUGAAGAUGAAAAGUUCAACAGCUGUGGCGAUCAGCCCUGAUGCUCAACCUGAUCUCAAGAAAGCUUUGGAUGCUUGCACCUAUGGUCUGGACGCUACAAAGGGUGAAAACCCAGCUGACAUUGUGCCGAUCGGUAUCCGUCACCCCCUCCUCCAGAUGUGGGUCCUAACCCGCCAAAUGCUGCAGCAACAGAUAUCAAAGAUGUUGGGGACGGACGAUUUAGAGAAUAUGGAAGGUCAGCGUCCGAUGACGCGUGCACUGGUGGCCUUGGAGAUGCUCACACUCAAUGGGAAUGGCAUCAUGGAGUUCAAGGAGGGCCCAGGACUAAUGGAGACCAUCAACCUUGUUGAACCUUGCGACUGGAGUGAUAAACUUGUUGAGCUACAAGUGUGGACCAGGCUGGCCUACCUCGCGUAUGAACUAAAGGACCAUAGCGCCGUGGUGAAGACAAGUAACCGUGCUCUAGAGUUUGCUGCCAAAGGGACUCAGAGGAAGGACAGAAAGUUGGAUAGUCACAAGUGUAUGGUUGAACAGGAGAUGAUGUCCAUAGCAAGCUGUUUAUUAGGUCAGAGCUUGAUGGAGAACAUGCUUGGCAAGAACGCCAUCAGAAGACAAGCCAUGGAGGCUUUCCUAAACAGUGCAAGAUACGGUCAUACUGCCGGUAACUACAAGCUGGUCAUCAAUGCCGCUCGCCAUUAUUGGAAUGCUUGUAUGGCGCUGGUCAGCCAGCCAAUUGAGAGAGAGCUCCUUAAGGAACCAAUCAGAAUCAUCCUUGAGUGUGUAGCAGAUGUUGCGGCCCAGGCAAAGAAAGAGGCAGAACAAUUGGCGGCUUUGCCCGGUGCCAACCUCAAAGUAGCUGUGGGUGCCCCCGGUGGGCCAGCAGGUACUGCUCUACCAGUAGGUAUCCCUGCCCCUCCCACACAUGAUACAUCAGAGGAUCUCACUCUUAGGGCUGCCCUCUAUGGUGUACUCUUCCAGUCAUACUCAGACAAGGGUGAAUGGGAAGAGAGCAUCAAGUCGAUGGAUGAAGCAGUCAAUGCGAUGCCUCGUACCAACCAUCGCCUCCUCAUCUUCAAGCACCGGGUCAUCAUCAAGGCAAAGCUGGGCCGCAGCGUGCAGAUGGAUAUCCAGAAGUUCAGGGACGAGAGCGAGGACCACGUGGCCAACAUGUGGCGGCGGGUGGCACUCUGCUCGAAGGAGAAGAUCGCUCAACUCGUUGGCUAUCAGAAUGCUAUAGAAGCUCUCUCUGUGCCUGCCAAUGACUGGCAGAAGUGCGACUACCUCAUCGAGUUUGGCCAGUGGCUGUACUGUAACGAGUUCCCUCUGGUGGAGGCGAUGGAUCAGCUCGAAUGGGCCGCAGACAUCCUCCUCAACAUGCAGUUUGAGAAGGAGAAGAAGGAGCCAUCAGGUACACUGCAUGCUGCAACUAAAGGCAAGAAGGGGAAGAAAUCCAAGACGUCUGUCGCUGAAGGGAAGAAGGGAAGUAAAUCAGCCGUGCAACCUGCAGGUAAAGGGGACAAGGCCAUCGCUGAGGAGGCCAAGGACCAUGGUCGUAAAACACCUGAUACAACCGCGGCAAGUGAGAAUGAGAGCGAAAUCAAUGCAGCAGAUUAUAUCCCUGUUGUCAAGAAGGCUGUUAUAGGUGACAAGAAUGUGAUUGGCUGUCUCCCUAGCAAUGCCUCCCUUGCUCUCAAUGACCUGAGUGACAUCCAACAGUUAGAGACAUUGUUCAGAACCCACACCCUGAUGGUCCAGGUCGCCGGCAGGGACUCGCCAAACUUUGCUGACUUAUGUCUGACGGCUUACGGUUACAUCAUUAGAAUGUGGCAGGUGUCAAUGGCCGCAGCAGGGCCAGUGAUGAAGGAAAUCGCCAAGAACCCACCCCUGGCAGAGGCUGCCAGUGGCAAAGGAUCGGCCAAGAAGCCUCCCAAGGGGAAGGAGAAGGAGCCAGUGAAGGAGAAGCCCAAGAGGAAGGGACCGCUAGACCACGUGCCGCACUCAACAGAAGAGUGGGCAGUCUAUGAUGUACCUGAUGAAGCUAUAGAGGCCUUCAAGCAUCCUGACAUCAAGGGAGCUGGCAUCAAUGAAAAGACCAUCAAGAAACCUACUCUGACGUUCCACUACUUGGAGAAGCUGAUCGGUUUCCUCCGAGACAUUGGUUACAACCACCUUACCCUGCCAGUCCUAGCCUUCGCCGAGCUCCUCUCGCGCCACGUCAUCAAGAACCGUGCCCUCAACACGCUCGUCCACCUGAGGUCUGCUGAGGUGUGCAUCGAGUUGAAUCUUCACAAUGGUAUGACGUUCCAUGAGAAACUGGCCGGGCCUCCUCAUAUCAAUGAUGAGGAACAAGCUAAAUGUCGUGAGGAGAUUGCUGUGUGGAAGGAGAAGCAGGCCCAGGUGAAGAAGGAGGAGCUGAGAGUGCGUGCCUCUCUGGCAAGCCUCGCCAAGGAGACCAAGACCAAGAAACUACCCACGCUGAAAAGUAAAGCAGACCUCAAGACUGAGGAGAAUAAAGAUGAGGAGAACACAAACCACAUGGGUAAGAAGAUGGGUGAUGUGGUGAUGAGGGAGGUCUGGACACAGACUGCUGAGGUCCUCAUUCGACAGGGCAUGUACAAACCAGCUCGGGACAUGUUGAAUGAGGCCCACCAGGCUGCUAUCGCCUUUGAGGACAAGGCUCUGAUUGCCCGCAUCCUGUUCAACUUUGGUGUGAUGGCGUAUCAUGAGGCUCAGUUUGGACAGGCGGCUAACUUCAUCAGAGAAGCUCAGAUGACCGAUCAUGGUGAUGAGAUGUUCUGGUACAAGAUGGUCUGCCAGACUGUGGAGGCCAUGCUUAGAGAUGUCAGUCUCAAGGAGCCCAAGCGACAGGCUCGUGGCUACCUCAAGUAUGCCCUGUCUGUCUUCUCUGAUGUCUGUGAUGACCGUCUUAACAAGCUCAGCAUCACUGGGUUCAUCGUAGCCAAGCUCGAGGCAAAGUUUGCAAGUAUCCAGGUUGACAUGGCCAAGGAAAAGAUGCAAGCCAGUAUCUUCAGGAAGGCUCAAGAGAAGCAGUCACUUCUGUCUGCUUGUCAGAAAUUCCAAGACUGUACAGAGCGUCUACUGAAGCUGUGCUACCUGCGAGAUGCCAUCCUGGUGAUGAAGGAACACGCUGGGGUCCUCCACUACCUGGCCAAGUACAACUACACCGACCAGGAGGAACAGCACCAGCUCUAUUUACAGUCUCUUGAAGUAAUGAAGGAAGCGGUCCGUCUGUCAGACCAUAUCCUCUAUGAUGUACAGACACUCAUGUCUAUACAGAACAACCGUCACGUGAGCCUGCCCGUCCAGCGUGAGGCGACUGACACCAAACUGAUGUGUGCUGACCUCAUGUUGGACAUGUUCCAAGUGUAUGCAGAGGAGGACAGGAGUUUGAGGGUCAACGAGACAAGGAAGGGAUCCGUGCAGAAGAUGGUUGAGGAGCUUGUGCGACAGACUCCAAACUACACACCCCUGACGAGACAGUGGAUAGAGACGACAAGACUGUUGGCCGACUCUGCCCUGCUGCAGCUCGUCAACACCCAUAGCUUGGCUGGGAGUAUCUCAAGACAGAAGGCUAAGUCUCUCUACUUGCUCGGCCGGUGUCUCCGCCUGCUGCACAUGUUCAAGGGACCAGACGCCCCAUCGCUGUGGGACGUACAAGACAUGAACUUUGUGAAAAUCUCUAACACAGCCUUAGACCAAGAUGAGACUGAAGAGCCGGAGAUCGAUCCGAACACCAAGGAAUACGUCAGGUACUCCAAGCUCAUUCAGAACAUGAAGGCUAAUUUGGAGAGCUGUCAUCAUUACCUUGUGCAAGCUUCUGACUGUCUUGGCCAGGCAAUCAACCUCUCCCUCCAGAAGGGAUACCGGGACAUCUGUGGGCCCGCGUCACUCGAGCUUGUCGAAUGCUGCGGACAGUUUGAUCCCAAUCUGACAAGCAAUCUUCUUGCUUUGCACCAGUCUUGUCAAACAUCCCUGAAGCUUGAGGAGAUCCUCCACCGAGCCCAGCCUGACCCGACCACUUGUCAACAGGCUGCCCUACUCCAUCAGAGGUACCUCUUGCUGCAAAAUGAUGUCACAACCAACUUCAGCAGCGGACCUGUCUUCAAGAGUAUAAUAUCUGCCCUAGAGAAAGAGUCAAUCGCAUGGAAACGGCUGGGUGUUUCUCCCAGCCAUCUAGACUUGAUGAAGGAUCUACCAGCCAACUUUAACGUCAUCAUCCUGCAGCACUCACCAUGCCGCAAUUACCUCUAUGGCGCCGUGUUUGACAAACCGAAGCAAUCGGGCCGUGGUGGGAACCCUAAACACCAAACUCUUCAAGGUCCGUCCAAGUCACGUGUGGUACGUGUGAAUACGAGUCCAGAGAAGCUUGAUAUGCUGCUGAACAAGUUCCGUCAGUACAAGCAUGACGUGAUGCAGAUCUUACUGAAGCAGGAGUACCAGAGGACCCAGGUGGCGAUGAGGCAGAAGAUGCUGGAGAACCUGGAGGAGGGGUUGAAAGGCUCAACUUCGCAUCUGAUGGAGGAAGACCACCGGACGGAGGAGGUGGAGUUACAGGAGGAGUUCAAGCUACUGCUGGAGGACCUCGAGGAGUACCUUCUGCCCUUUACGACACAGUUUGAUCUCGUCUUCAGGCCUCCAACGUCCACAUCAGCUAGUAACAGUAUCAACCCAGGCAAAGAGCCACCGCCAAGCAACGAAGCGAUCAUCCUCCUGUGCGACCAGUGGUUAAUGGAGCUACCACUAGAGGCACUCAAGGUCAUUCAGUUUGAGACUAUCAUAUCUGUGACGAGAGACUUCUCGCUGCAGUUGAUGUCUCACAGGAUGUACAUUGAACCAGAGGAUCCAGCUGACAAGAAAAAGAAGGAGAAAGAUAAGCCGCCGUCAAGGAUUCCUGGUCUUCGCGAGGCGGGCUUGAAGAAAGCUAAAGUUAUUCCACUUGACCGUCAAGUUCCGCAGGGCUGCCUUCCUGUCAACACAUCCGACUUCAGAUAUGUUGUUGACCCUCGCCUGGAUUGCGCAGAAACAGAAAAGAAUGCUCCGAUUGAGAUAUUCAACCAAGUCCUUGAGAAACAUGAGCAGCAGUUUACAGCUCGCUGGCUGGGAGUCAUGGGUGAUGACCACACGCCAAGCGCUGGAGAAUAUGAGCUCUAUAUGACAGAAGGCAGCGCCUUUGUCUAUUAUGGGAUGGAGAGGUUCCUGGCACAGAUUUCGCCGGAGAAGAUUGCAGCGUUGAAUAUUCCUGAAUGUCUGUUCGUGGCCAUGUUUGACCUAGCCCAGACCAGUAAGAGCUUCCUCACUCAGUCGAAAGUAGACAUCAAUAAAACAAUUGACUCGUUGUCACUGGAGAAACCAAACAAUGCUGCCAUGCUGCUGAGUCUGAUCGGGACGAAGACUGUCAUGCUGAACCAGUGGCAUUGUACCCUGGCCGAAAACGGCAAGAGGUUGGAUGAGAUGAUGCAAGAUCUGUUGGCUGGUGGCAAAACCAUGGGCCAAGCUCUGCGGCUACAGUACACACCGAUGCAACGACCUGUCGAGGCCGAGGAAGGGCAAGAAAUGGCGGAGGUUGGUAACGACGAGGAGAUGGACGAACCUGUGGCAGGAUCGGAGGUUGAACCGGAGGAGGAUGGGAUUAACCUGGAGGAAUCUGCUGCGGAGAAUUCACCAGAUCGAAACUUGUACAAUAUGGUGUGCUAUGGACUUCCUAACAUCAUGGUCACACUGGUUAAUUAGUAAUGAGCUGACACAAUCAAUAGUCUGGUCCAAGAGUGACUCCGUGCAAGCAUAUCGUUGUCUUUCAACGAUUUGUCAACCGUGUUUUCAGUAAUAAGCUUUACACUUAGCUUUAAGCUUGUUUGUGAUGCAGAUCCAUCAAUUAUUGUCUUUAUAUUUUGUGAAAGAUGUCAAUGAUUCCCUCCGAAGACUCCGUCCUACAGUAAUCUGUCCAUUGUAUAAAAAUUGUAGUUGAAACCUCCGCUGUGAUUGGUUUUAUGCAGCCAGAUUUUACAAAUGAAUACGUUUUCUUAAACAUUUUGAAUAAAUAUCUUUGUUAUCUUUA